AUGUUACAUGAUGUGUGCUGUAGUCAAACACCUACUCGUACUCGUAACCCACUUUUUCGACAUCGAUUACAUAAUUCUCCGAGUCCAGCAUCAGUUCUAUCAUUGACACCAUCGCCAACAACAGGCAUGAUUCAAUCGGCAGCACCCGGUGAAUUUUCCCAUCGUUGUGCUACAGUACCAUUUGAUUCAAUCUAUAAUAUAACUGAAGAUCUUUGCCGUGGUCGUUUUUCAUCUGUUAAAAAAUGUGUAAAAAAAGAAACACCUGAUCAAAUAUUUGCAGCUAAAAUAAUUAAAAAACGUAAUAUACAACAUGCACUUAAUGAAUUACGUAUAUUUCAAUUAUCACAUAAACAUUCAAAUUUUGUAUCACUUCAUCAAGUAUUUGAUUUACCAACCGAAGCAAUUUUUAUUCUUGAAUAUGCAAAACAAGGUGAUCUACAAUUAGCACUUGAAUUAGAAGGUUGUUUAGAAGAAAUUCAAGCUAUACAUGUUACUAAACAAGUUUUAGAUGCUGUAGCUUUUCUUCAUGAUAAUAAAAUUGUUCAUCUUGAUAUUAAACCUCAAAAUAUUCUUCUUAUGGAAAAAUGGCCAAGUACACAAAUAAAAUUAUGUGAUUUUGGUCUUUCUCGUGUAUUAACUAAUCAACGUUUAUUAGAAAUGUCGGGUACUACAGAUUUUCUUGCACCUGAGGUUGUCAAUUAUGAACCAUUAACAUGUGCUACUGAUAUGUGGAAUAUUGGUGUAUUAAUUUAUGUACUUGUAACUGGUCAUACACCAUUUGGUGGUGCUACAAAAUUAGAUACACAAAAUAAUAUAACACAUUGUAUACUUGAUUUUCCAUCGGAUUUAUUUGAAAAAAUCUCAAAAAAAUGUAUCGAUCUGAUUCGAAAAUUAAUUGUUCGAAUACCAAAACGUCGAGCAACAGUUCAUGAAUCUCUUAAACAUCCAUGGAUAUGUUUUAAUGAAGAUACAACAUUAUCAAAUGAACAAAUAAUUGAUUCACUCGAUGAAGAAGAAGAAGUUGCAGAAGAAGAAAUCGAUGAAUUAACAAAUGAAACUGAUGCUCAAAAUUUCAAUUGA